UUAAUAUCCAAUUGUAUCGGAGGAAGAUUUGGUUCUGUUGAAAUUGCUCUUGAUCUGCAAACAAAAGAAAUUGUAUUCAGGAUAGAAUCAAGAAUGGGAAGCAUCACUGAGCAAGCAGAGGUUCGACAACCCUUCACAGAAGGUGUGUGGACAAAUGUAAAAUUGAUGUAUGACGGUAGCACUGUGACAGCUCAAGUUGAUGGAAGCUCAAAAACUGCUCCACUUCAAGGCAAUAUCAACACUCGAUACAACGGCAUAAUGAUUGGCAGCUGUCAUGGGCGUGGUUUUGUUGGAUAUAUUGAUGACGUACAUUUAUACCGAUGUUUGCUGAAGUAAAUAAACAUAUCUGCAUAAAAACAGGAUGUAAUUCAUUUGACUGAGAAUUUUUUAAAGUAGAAUAACUGACUAUGACAAUGUUAGCCGCAUUCGUUGAUUCGAAAUAUGGAAAUUUUGAAUUCAGCUAUUUUCACAUGUUAUCUGAAAUCGGUUGCCUCGUUCCUAUUUGGUGUCUCUACAGAUGUA